AUGGGCGACUUAUCCCCUAAAAGCAAAUCAGCUUCAAUUAAGCAAAACGCAGUUGCAAAUCAACAUGAUUCGAAAGAACCAGAUCAAUUGCAACAAGAAGAUACCAGAAACAAGGAUCGAGAUAAAACUCCCCAUAUCUCAGCAGUGGAAGGCAAUGGGUACUCUAUUCACAUUGGAAAAGAAAGUUGCACUAAAACAGUCAAUGCAAUUGGAGAAAAUGAACAGAAAUUUUUAACUUCAAACACCAAUGGCUGGAUCCAUGGUUAUAGAGUUCCUUUUUCUUUGAUAACCUACAAGCGCUCUUUGGACACUUCGACAAAGAUACGAUUGGACAAGAGUUACCGAGACUUUCAAUUCAUUUUCAACCCAAAAUACCAUCUUGAUGAAAUCGAACAUUCUGGGUUUGGAAGGAAAAGUUCGGAUGUCUCUUUCUCCCAGGAAGAUUAUAGUCCCAAUUCAAGCCCAAGGCUGCAGAAAAUAUAUAAACCAGGCUCUACGCUGGAUAGUGAUGCAUUUAUGGGCUAUGUUUCCUUUCCCAGAGUAUCUUUUAAUGUCCCUAAUCACGUUCGGCGUGAUAAAAGGCGUCUUCGACAAGUUUCAGAAAUACCACAGCUUUGUUACCAAACAUCAUUCCCGGUGGGAGACUUGACGUAUUUGUUUGGUGGCCUUUUUGUCUCGAAAUUCACAACGUUUGAUGACAUAGGGUUACCAAGAAACGUAGAUUUAAAUAAAAUAUCAGUGCAUUUCCCAUAUGAGUUGCCUCCAUUUGUCAAUACCAAGUUGCUCACCAGUCCCUUUUUGCAAAAACAUCCGAGCUUGUUUAUAAUGAACUCGUUGAAUAACACAGUGACCGACUUUGACAUUUCAAAUUCAGGUGAUUUCCCUGGUCAUUUAUCUGCAAUGGUGGCAACAAAAAUUACUCCAGAACAUUUCUUUUUCUAUGGUGGUUUUGAAAUAAUUGAUGAGUCGGUCUCUUAUCAUCCCACUAUUGACCGGUGGAUUAUACGAAAGAAGCUUGUCAUGAAUCAGGACGGGUACAUUUUAAAUACUGUUAAUUUCAAGUUUACAAAAAUUAAACUAGAACCAAGUAAUGCAUCAGUGAAAAUUGCCAGGAUUGGGCUGGGUGCCUGUGCUAACAUUUUUGAACCGUUUCUGAAACAGCAAAGCCGAGCAUUGUCUGAUAUAAAGCUAAAUCAUGCAAACAUUUCUGCUGAAAAUCAACGACCACUGCUGCCCGUAGCAUUUAGUAGAGCUAGAUCAAGCCAUUGGUCUUCAGAGACCAGCUCAGUACAUACUCCAAUACCACCACAGCCCCAGAAAUCACUGGCAAGUGUAAAAUCAAAAACAACAGAAGCUGAAUUAAUGACAACAACCGCAGCAAUGACUGAAACAGCAACAACAACACCAGCAACAACGCCAACACCAACACCACCAGCAACAACAACAACAACAACAACAACAACAAGUGCUUCUGCAAUGGCAAACACCGAAUCAAAACGGUUGUCUUCACCAAACAGCAAUAAAGGUCUGGAAUCUUCUACAUCGACAUCAUCAGCAGCAUCCAAAGAUUCAGGGGCUGAUUUUUCAGUCACAAGAACUCGCUCAGUUCGGCAACCAAAUUUACAUAGGGUCGCCACCACCAAAUCUUAUGAUUUUGCCAAGAACGAAUCUCCUGUGUCAAACACCCUGUCCAGUGGCCCGACAUCCGUAUCGGAAAAUGCUUCUGCAUCACCCUCAAUAUCAAUGCCAACACCAACGAGCCUGACUACAUUUGACAAGUUCAAAAAACGUUUUCAUCGCUCCAAUAUGAAAAACACAUACUCUCAAAGUGUACGUAAUCACAGGUCUAAUUCUUUUAGCAAUAAAAAUGAUGCCAACAAUAACGCUCAGAACAAUACCAAUGGCAAUAAUAGUAACAAUAACAGCGGUAAUAAUUCGACAGCUAAUAGCGCAACCCCGUCGCCUGUUUUGAAAACAACGCGGCCAAUUAUUGGCUCUUUGAAUAAUGUCAUUACGAACCUUACUGUAUUUCCCAUAUCGUCAAAGCCCGUUGAUCUUAAUUCACACAGCCAAGCUUCAUAUAAAUCGGCUAAGGCAUCGCGAACUCCAUCAAGUUCAUCUAUAAAGUUCACAAAUGCGGGAGAAACUGCUCAUAAGCAACCACCAAAGUUACUGGUGCAAACCAGUAACUUUGAACAGCAUUCAAAAACAUUAGACUCCUUGCCGGAUACAAUUGCUUCUUUGCAACAUAACAAACAAGAUUCACUGCAAACACCACACCAUAAGUUUGCACCACCCAAACGAGCAAAAACUAUGGAUAACGAAAUUAUUGAAGUCGAGACCAUAAGGCAAAACAUGCCAAGUUUAAAGACUCAUACUUUUGAUUAUCAAGCAAUUGAUACUGACUUAUCGAGUCAUACAGAUGUUGAUGAGGAAAAUGGUGGUGUAAAGCCAUCUAGAAAUACACAUAGCAAAGUGGGUAAGCUUUUCAACGAUGUAUUAACAAACAUUUCAGUCUUUAUCUAUGGUGGAUUUGUCCUUAACGACGAGGAAGAAAAUGAAAAUGAGGACGAUAGAGAGGAGCAGGAAACGAAAAAAGAGGAAAAUGUUCUAGGUAGUUCUUCAAAUGUUCGAAAGUUUUAUGCAACAAAUGAUUUUCUCAAGAUUGAUCUCUCUACGACGGAAGAAAAUCCGAAAUCCUUGGAAAGAAUGACUUUCUUGGAUAGUGCGCUAGUCAUGAAAAUUGGGCUGGACCCAAAGACCUGUGAUAUUUGCCUUGACGAGGACAUCAAUUGGCCCACCCCGAGAGGGUAUUUUGCUAGUAGUAUGAUUGAUAUUUCGAAUGAUGUUGGGGAAAAAUGUAAUUUGGAAAUCGCAAAGGUUCCAAAACAUCCUCUAAACCCAUUGGCUGAGAAGCGUCCUCAAUCUCCAGAUAUAAGUAUCGGUGGGUCUUCUGGAAGUACAGGAGCAGCAGGAAUUGCAGUUGAUUCUGCCAGGGCAUCUUUAGAGCAAUCUGAUGUCAGCUUGGGACAAGUUAGGAGCUACUUUAGUGGUCGAGCAUUUGUCGUUCAAGGGGGAUGCACUGAGGAUAAUCAAUUUUUUGGUGAUUUCUACAAAUUUGUGUUUGAUACAUGUAAGUGGGAAAAAAUGCCAACAUAUACUUUUGAUUAUUUCCAAAAACCUUUGUUACCAGGGGAGGAUGACGAUGCAACAUAUUAUACCAAAGAGAAUACUGUUGAUAAGCCGCAUCUCAUGGAGGCAGAGUUUCGGAGCUGCCAUCACACGUGUCUCUAUUACCAAAACGAAGAACACGAUUACCUUUUUUUUAUUGGAGGGAUCGUAAACGAGUACUUGCGAUUUGUUGAUCCAAAGCCCUACGUGACUGACAAAUUCGAUGUGUCGAGGAUAAGUGCUUUGCAAGUAGCUUCUUCAAAUCCAUACAUUAUGCGAUUUGCAGUUUUGAAUCUACGUACUCAAACCUGGAAAUACAUCCGUUACUUCUUUGAUUUUAACCAUGCAAUCACCAAUUCCUACCUCGAUCGAUUGAAAGACAAGGACUAUUAUAUUAAUUCAAGGCUAUUGCAUUUCGCGGGAACUGUAAGUCUCACUGGUAAGAUUAUAACUGUUGCCCAAGGCUUGUUCAUAAUCCUGCCCGAAAAAAAGGAAGAUUUGAAAAAUGUUAGAGAUGAUAUCCCGCCUGAUGAAGCAUUGUUAGGCGCACAUAUUCAAUUCACCUUAGCUGGACUAUAA